AUGGCCCUGUUCAACCCGACCUUUAUCUUCGGCGUCAUUGUCCUCGCCUACAUCGCGUCCUUCGUCGUCUUCGCUCUGCUACGUAUCGUCACCGGCAUCUCUAUACAGCGCAUCGGCUACUUCUCCCUCCGCCGCCUCGCCUACACCCCCAAGGAUGGCAUCAAGAUCGAGAUCCGGGGCCUCGGCCUCAACGUGCACCGGCCGACCUUCUCCCAACCCACAUGGCUCAGCAUUGUCGUCAGCGAGCUUGCUGUGACCGUGGACAUAAGACAGCUGGAACGCCACAAGGCUGGCAUUGUCGGGGAUGACAGCGACGACGAAGAUGGCGGACCCGGCGAGGCCACGUCCAAACCUCUCCCGAAGAAAGUUCCCCUGACCCGCCGAGCCACCUUCGGCGUGGCGCGCAGCGAGACGUGGAAACAACUCACGCGGAUGAAAGAGAAACUGAAGCGACUACACCGGAACAUACAUUGGCUUCGGAUGGUCGAUGUGGUGGCUACCGACUCCACCGUCAAUAUCGUGGAUGUUGGCCAGAUUCAGUGUGGCAACUUCACUGUGGCAGUCGACACCCGUCGCAAGAUGGUGGAUCGCGCUCGCUAUUUCUUCCAAACCAGGGCAGACCAGAAGCUCCAGAAGCAACAGGCAGAGUGGAUCGUCACUCUACGAAGCGUGCUGUUUACUGCCAACGGCGGGGAGGCGUCCGAAGUACUCGACAACGCCGUGCUCAACGUUCAUGGAUUCCUCUACGAGCGCCUGGACGGACUCCGCGAUGCCACAAUCGCCCUGAAACUUGGUCGUGUGCAUAUCCCCUAUGACGAUGUGCAAACUUGCGUCGAGCGUUACCAGAGAUGCAAGCGGAUGUAUUCCAAGGACUAUCAUACUGUUGAGGCUUUGGAUGUGUCUGUAGAUCAAGUCAUCCAGGAGCUCGGUCAGCCAGGCAGUACCGACCAGGAUCUUAUGCAGACGGUCUCGGACUCCAAGGAGUUUGUGAGCUCUAUUCUCCGCGGCAUCAAGGAGGUUCAGUUCGCCGUGAGUCUGGUCGGCCUCAGCAAGAAGGUCGAAACAGUCAAAGCGUCGGGUACGCCCCUGCUCCUGAAUUUCACCAUGAAGGAAGUGGGUAUCGACUUGCAUCGCCUGGAUCCGAAGUCUCCUGCGCACCGGAUGUACUUCCCUUCCAAGGAUCUUGCACACGAGGCGCUCGCCGCUGCUCUCUCGAUAUCUGUUGGCUUGGACGAUGGACAUGGGAAACCUGAACGCUUAGUUUACAUCCCAAUGGCCACCACGACCGUUAAGACAACGCUUCCCUCCAAGACGGUUGAGCUUUCAGAUGAUGGAAGCGCGGAAGAGCGUAACGCCAACAUUCUCUUCGCCAACAGCGUAGUCACCUCACCGUCUGUCGAUCUAGAUCCCAAGCAUCUUCCGAUCCUCGUGGCGCUUCUCAGACCUCGCCCCAAAGCCCCCAAAGCCCAAGUACAGCAACGGCAUCUGUUAAUAUCUCGUCUUCUGCCCAAGGCGAACAUCAAAUUCACCAUGCAUGAGCCCGUUAUACGCGUCGCCUUGCCCCCUGUACAGAAGACGAACGAUCCCGACGAUUUUGACCUGAUCAUUUCGUCCAUAUCCUCCAUCUCUUUGGAUGUCGAAUCUUUCCACUCGGCGGUUGAGGAUCUGCACUAUUCUCUCGUGUCGCAAAUGCGUGUUCAGACGCAUAAUCUUUACUACCAGACAGCGCAGGGAACUCGUUUAGAUCUGGUUGAAACCGAAUUCUUUGAUCUGAAGGUCACCCUCGGCGCAAAUCCCGACGUCCAUGUGAUGGCUAAUGGGCAUCUGCAAUCCCUGGCCAUCCACCUGGUGCGGCCAGAGAUAGGAGAUGGCAUUCGACAGAUCCUUCGACAACUGAGACUUGACGUCGAGCCGGACAAGCACGGCAGAUCUAAGUCUCAGAAGCCGCACAAUGGCCUUAGGGCACUGCCACCAUGGCUCCUACACUUCCAGGUCUCGGCCGACGACUUCAGCGCCGAGCUCGCGGGAACCGAUGACGAUUUUCCAAAUAUCAGUCGGGGAGUCGCACUGCAGAUAGACUCUUGGUCUGCCGAGUAUCGCGCUCAGCGCAUGGAUCAGCAUCUUCGACAGCGCCCCACGUCGAGAAGGCGGGCAGCGAGCCGUGCAAUACUGCCUGAUCCAGAUGUACUGAGAUCAUUGCCUUCGCCUGCGUCUCCCAGAAAAAAACACCCGGAGUAUCUCAACCACGGUGACGGACGCCGGAUCGCCAUUCAUGUCCGUGGGCUCGAAGCCUUCAUCAUUGACAACGCAGAGAAGUGGGAGGCCGAUCCUUUUGUACAUAUGCCCAGGUUUGAGGUUGCAUUGUCAACUACCAGUGACAAGCAGGGACCCAUUCUGCAUGUGCACUCCCAUCUCAAGACUUUGAUGCUACAAUAUUCGCUUUACCGCCACUACGCUGUAGGUGUUGCCGUCAUGGUGCUGAAGAAGGCCUUCAUGCGGACAAAACGGGAUACUACAGACUUCAAGGCGACGCAACAUCAUUCGGCAACGAGCCCCGGGUUGAGUGAUCAUCUGAGUCCUCCUUCGUUCUCACCCGAAUCGCCUGCCACAGAUCAGAUGGAUCACCUGCCUCAUCCUGCGAAGGAAUUGGUGACGAUUGACGUCAAAGCUUCUCUUAUCCAGAUCAAGGCUGACCUACCUGCCGAUCCUCCCGUCAUGCUCCAGAUUUAUAGUCUUGAUGCCGGUCGUCACAGAUGGUCUGCACCGUUCAUCCACGCCAAGCUUGUACGCCUCUUCGCUGGAGCGCCACGGAUGCAAGGCGUCUGGGCCCGGGUAGCUAGCAUUCAGGCUUUCCGUCUGGAUUACCGCGAGUCAAGGAAGUUCACAGCAUUUGGGUACCAAGACGACAGGAUGUUUGAUAUCAAUACUGACGCAAUGCGCCUUGCUGUUCCGCAUGAACUUAUCAUCAACAAGAUCUCGGACAACUUCAUUAACGUCAUCAAGGCCUCUCAGCAGUUACAUCACCGAUUCAAAACUGGGACAAACGAGUAUAUCCUCGAUAAGGCGCCUGAAGGACCCAAGAAUGUGCCGAAAAUUUCCAUUCGGACUCGCCAUCUCUUGUUCGAGUUGGAAGAUGGUGCCUUCGAAUGGAAGUUGGGUAUGAUCUACCGGGCCGGGCGGGUUGAACAACUUCAGAGACUGGCCCGUGAGGAGGCUUAUCGUGUCAAAGUCAAGAAGAUACACGAAGCAGAAAUUCGAAAGGAGUCUACCCGCCUGCGAAAUCGGUCAGCAGUGACUCGAGGGCGAACCAACAAUGCUGGCGUAUCCUGGAGCCGCAGCCGGAGUGAAGACGGACGACCUCGCACCGCUAUGGACGGUAGGCCGGCUGACGAUAGUUCACGAGGACGGAAUAAGCCACGCUAUGACCCUGAUGGUAUACUUGGCUUCAGCGGCAGCGCACACGUCUCAAUACAAGAGGCAAGGCAGAGGCUACACGAACACAAUGCUCAGAGCUGGAGAAAACGGAUCGAUCGUCAUUAUCAAAUGGCCAGGAAUGGCAUGAAAGAUCUUAGGGGCUUACAUUGGGGCCAAGAGCACAUCCCUGAAGACCUAGAGAGUCACGAGAAGAUCCUGGAAGUACCCCAACGACCCGCGCUCAUGGGUGCUGUGAUUGAGGAUCUGCAUUUCAUGAUCGACAAGCCAUCUUUCCCUCUACACCAUCUGCCUGAUUUCCUUCAUGAUGUUGGGAAAGGCAUGCCAAAGGAUAUGAAGUACUCACUCCUCAUACCAAUGAACGUCCAGAUCAGCAUGAGCCAGGCCAAGAUGAACCUGCGAGAUUAUCCCUUACCACUACUACAUAUUCCUGCCCUGAAGUCUGGCCAAUCAUCUCGCUUACCAGCCAUGUCUUUGAAGACAGACUUCGUCAUAGCCGAGGAAUACCGUGGCAGCGGGUCAACCAGAAGGAUUAAGGUUCAAAUCACACCGCCAACCAACAGCGAACCAGGACAGCCAUCCGGAGGCAGUUUUGCAAUCGAUGUGCGCCGGACUAUUGGCCCCGUCAAAUCAUAUUCCGAUAUGCAUGUGGAUAUCAACACUGCGUACCCAACACGAAUUACCUGGGGUCCUUCAUAUCAGCCAGCGAUUCAAGAUAUGAUGAUGGUCAUUGAGUCCUUCACCAAGCCCCAGCUUGACCCGUCCGAACGAGUGGGAUUCUGGGACAAAAUCCGGCUGAACUUCCACUCCCGAGUCCGGGUGGCAUGGAAAGGCGAUGGCGAUGUGCAUCUUGCUCUCAAAGGCACCCGAGACCCCUAUAAUGUCAUUGGAAACGGCGCUGGUUUCCUAAUGUGUUGGCGCAACGAUGUACGGUGGAACAUUAAUACAGAGAAUGAACCUAAGAAGUUCAUGACAGUGGACAGCGGCGAGUAUGUUCUUGCUAUCCCGGACUUUAGUCACCAGGAACGUGAAGCCGCCCGGCGGACUGGGGAGGGUGACAGUAUCUCCAGCGAGGAUGCCUACAAGUCCGGUGCUCUAUUCAAGAAAGUUGUGAUGAAGUUAUCGGGCAACGUUCAGUGGAUGGCUGGUCUUGUUUUCGAAAAGGCCAUUGAGAACGGCCAUCGCAGCUUCGAAUUCAAGCCUCAUUACGACGUCGUUCUCAAGGCCCCACAACACGCCAAGCCCGAGGGUGGCCUUCCGUACGAUGCUUUCAGAGGCUUCAGGAGUCAACAUAUUCACCUGUCGAUUGGGGUUAGAGCUCCUGUCGAUAGAGACUGGCAAUCUACUGAGCUUCAGACAUCUAGGAGCUACAACACUGUCCACUUGACACCGAGGUUUUUCACCCACUUCUUUGCCUGGUGGUCAACGUUCGGUGGCCCGAUGUCUUUGCCUGUUCGCCAAGGCUCUCUUUGGCCUGGUAGGGAGAAGAACAGCAAGAAGUUUGGCAGACAUCUUGGUACAAUCAAGUACAAUCUUCUACUAGCGCCACUCUUCUUGAGCCAUAUCUACAAACACAAGGAUGCGGAGGACUACUCUGAAAAUUCAGUCUCAGCAACGGGCAUCAAGGUCCGAUUCGAUAGCUUCAUGCUUGACAUGCACCAGCGCCGAGAGGAAUUCAAUACGCGAGACCGAGGGCGCGAAACUCAGAGCAGGACAACAGCAAUGAAAAUCCACGCUGCUCAGCUUGAUCUUGUCUCUGCCGAUGUACGUGCUGUCUCGGCUAGCAUCAAGGGCACCACGACCGAGGCAAUCAAGAAGAAUUCCCUCUCAACGCUCAUUGCACAGGGUGAAGAGGAUGGCACGGACUUGUCACACUUUACGAUCCCAGAUAAUGACUUCAGUUGGAUCGACAUGGAUGACUUUGUCGAAUUGGACUGGAUUCUGCCUUCAGAACCGAACCCUGACACCAAGAUUCUGCCACUGGCCUAUGCCCCGCGGGUUACAUACUUCAGGCAGACAGAUAUCGGAGGCGUCAUUGCUGGAGACCCGGACCGUACCAGUCCCUUUGGGCACGAGCCGACUCACAUGUGUAUUAUGAGUCAGGAUGACAACCCGAGGGAAGUACAGCAGCAGUUGAUAGAACAACGGCUCGAUCAAUUGGAUACACAGAUCGACAACAACGUGAGGGCGUGCGGCGAGAAGGAACUCCACAUCAUCCGCGGCGGCGGCAAUGACGACCAACUCCGGUCAGAUUUCGAAAGCUUCACAAGACAUACAGGUGUGCUGAAAGACAAGAAAGUCUUUAUGCAAAGCAUGUUACAGACAGUAGCCAUGAAGGUCUCAAAUGAUGAGCCGGACCAAUCCAGUAACGGGUCGCCCAAGUCAGGGGCGUCGGCAAAAAGCGCAUCUGCGAGCCCUGCGGAUGAGACAAGAGGGACUACGGGAGCUGACUACGCAAGCGAUUUCAAGAACCGUUUCGUCAUCCACAACAUGCAGCUCAAGUGGAACAACCUGCUCCGAAACAUCAUUCUUCGCUAUAGUCACCAAGUCAGCCAGAGGAGAGGUUUCAUUUACUACCUCUCCCGGCCAGCAGUCAAAUUCAUUCUAGACAUCGUGGAGGAGCAGGCUAAGGCGAAGAGCAAAGACAAACCCGGAAGCACAGCUUCCCCAGAGAAAGAGGAGCAUCCUGCCGCUGCUCAGCCCAACGGCCCGACCAAAGAAACCGCCCAGGAUAUUGAGCACCGCAUCAAGCAGAUCCUGCAAGAUGGCCGCAAGUUCGUCAAUGCUGAUGAGUCGAACGGCGCUGGUGAUGCUGCGCCUAAUGUUAACAUCGAGGAUAUUACUUCAGGCAUUGCGGAGGACUUCGCGACACAGAGCAGCUACCAUGUCCGCCUCAUAGCGCCUCAGAUCCAAUUGCAGAGCGACAAGAACAAGAAACAUGUAGUACUGAUUACUGCAAAGGGCAUGGAACUCAAGGUCGUUGAGGUCAUGGAGAAAGCCCGGAUAUCGGAUAUGGUCAGUGGUCUCGUGCAGCGUCGGUUCUUGGUUGCAAUGGAUGGAACGCAAUUCUUUGUGACUCAUCAGAAGUGGUUCACUGGCCAGCUUCUGGCUCUCUAUUCUGGAAACACGUAUGGCACGGCGACCGGUUCUUCCUGGCCCCCCUGGGUGCCUAUGGAGGUCAUGUUUGAUUUUCUAUCGGAUCCUAUCGGGUUUAAGCGCGUGGUCCAAAAGACUUCGGCAACGCUCAGAUACGACAAGUACAACACGCUCCGUCUCAAGUAUAAUGACGAUAUCAACGACAGCGAGGGCACGAACAACCCUGGCAGCGAGAAUGACGAGAGCAGAUUGGACAAUCUCUGGGUUGAAUUCCCACAAGCUAGAGCUCUCUGUAACUCGUCGCAAUACUAUGCGAUUUACGUCAUUGUUCUCGACCUUUUGCUUUACAGCGAACCCCUGGAAAAGACACGAAGCGAGAGGCUCGAGAAGAUUAUGUUGGCGUCGGAUUUCAGCGACCUGCGAGGCACUCCUGAAAUGGUCAUAAAGCUUCAGGAACGAAUCAGGCAACUGGAGGAGAUCAAAUCGCAUUUCCAGAUCAACUCCAAAUACCUCGAUAAGAAGGGCUGGCAAGACCGCCUGCUCCUCGAGCGUGAUCUGAGUGCGUGCGAGGAUGAACUCUUCUUCAUGAUGAAGGCCAUCACCACGUCGCAGCGGAAAUAUGAGACCACUUCUCAAAGCAAUGCCCUGCUCCGAUGGAGUAUCGCUGCGAAAGAAAUCGUUUGGCAUCUUGUCCGUGAAAACAACGAGCCCCUAGUAGAGCUUCAGCUCAGGGACGUCGAAUACGACAGGACAGACAACUCAGAUGGUUCGCACAUCAACUUGUUCCAGGUCGGUAAGGUUCUGGGUCUCAAUCUGCUUCCCGAUGCAAUGUACCCUGAAAUGAUCGCGCCGUACGUCAUGGACGAGAAAUUCAAUGCCAAGGAGUUCGAGAACCAGCAGAUGAUCCGCGUUUACUGGCACAUGUUGGAGGCUAUCGCUGGUAUUCCCGUUAUGGACCAUUUCGAGGUCAAUCUCUUCCCACUGAAGAUACAACUCGAGAGAGAAGUUGGCAAGAAGCUCUUUGAAUACAUCUUCCCGGAGAUGGAGGGAGAAGAGUCUAAGAACAACGUCAACCGGACUGAUUCGCCCUUCAUACUGACGCAAAGCAUGAAUGAUACCGAAGAUGACCCUCAAACUGAAUCAAUGACAAAUAGCAGCCGUCUAGGGUCCGUUGCAUCUGAGAAGGAUUCUGGCUUCAACACGCGAGCUGGCUCAUUGGAACUUCGCCUCCGACCAACGUUAACGUCAGAUUCUCAAACACCAGAAUCUACCCCUGAGAAAGCCAAGGCGCUCAGCGUCCAUUCCGGCGAGGGGAAUGUCUUCCGCCUCUUCAACUCCAAGUCUGUCAGUAAGAAACCAUCUUACGAGUCUCUUCGAUCAAGUCAGAUGACUCCACGUCCUGGCAUUGGGCGGUCAUCUACGGUCGCCUCUUCACAAAGCGAUACCAAGAAAUCUACCCGCUUUGCCCUUCGCAGCAGCGGGAAGGCUUCAGAAGAGAAGCCGUCAGAUGACCUGACCAAGAUGAUGGACCGCGCUUCCAAUUAUAUGACGUUCGCCUACAUCAAGAUGCCAUCCGUUGUCCUAUGUUUAUCAUACAAGGGCAAGGGUGACCGUAACAUCGAGGACGUACACGAUUUUGUGUUCCGCCUGCCAACCAUUGAGUACCGCAAUAAGACGUGGUCCAACCUGGACCUGGCGCUGGCGCUCAAAUCCCGUGUCAUCAAGGCACUCAUCAGUCACACGGGAGCUAUCAUCGGGAACAAGUUUAGCAGGCACAAGCCAAACACCAAAGAACAGGGCCGUCUGCGUGAACUUGCGACAAGCUCGGUCCUCUUGGCGACUCCAGCGAUGAGUGGCAGUGGCGACAACAGUGACGAUAGUUCGAGCUUGUUCGGAACCAGCCCUGUCGACUACUCUCGCAGCCCUCCGCGCAGCCUGAGGGGAUCCGGCAGCAGCAUCCCCGUGCCCCAGAGAAGUGACUCGAGGAGCAGCAGCGUGGCAUCGAGCCGACGAAGCUACCUGGCCACAAAUACAACAACUUCGUCGACGUAUUCCGGGCAGAGCAACGGGGAGCAGCACCGAGGGGCUAAUGUACCAUCGUUCUUGAUGAUGACACCCCCAACACCUCAAGAUCGUGCCCCUCCAACGGGUCUCGGUAUCGAUAACAUGCGGCCCGCCUCGAGCGCGGGCGAGACGAGACAGCGUCCGACAACAAGAGGUAGCUUGAGGCCUAGCAGCAGGGGCUCUGCUCUUGACGUUCCGGACUCAAAGAGAGAAUUCCGCAGGCGCAGCACCGCUGCACCAGUCGGGAAUGGCAGCGGGAGCAGCAGCAGCAGCGGGCUAGCUGGGCUAAAGGGCAGAUUUAGUGCGUUGACCAACCGGCUCAAGGACCGCGAGGGAAGCGGGCUGAGUGGCCUAAGCAGAAGUAACACCUCGCGGCUUGAGCCUCCAAGUAAUAUGAAAGAUGAGGAGGAGGAGCAAGACUAUUGA